AAUAAGAGCAAUUGGAUGAAUUUCCAUUCAAUUUGAUUCCAUAAAAUACUGAAACAGACUUGCAAAAUCGUUGUUCCAACAGGGACGAAUUCCAGUUUUUGGCUUUUCUCAUAGUUUCUCAACACGUCUCAGAUUUUCACUCUGUAAGCAUUGGAAGGUUGAAAAUGAGCAUAGAGGCUGGUGUUCAGAAUCGUGAACGAGAAGCGUUCAAUUUGAAAAAAUUACCCGAAUUUAUAAGCUUGUGUGUUUAUAUUUUGAAAAGAAAAAUUUGGAGAGUGCAAACAAUAUUUGUGAUUCCAAUAAUAAUGCUUGUGGUUUUGCUGUUAAUAUUAGUCCAUUAUGAUGCUCGUUUGCGCACAUCACUUCGUCACAAAGAUUUUCAUGAAAUACAGCCGAAAAGAUUUCUCAAGUAUUAUGACGAUGACCUGCGAACCGAAUGGAAUUUCAAAAUAGCCAAACAUUACGAUGAGAAAUUUUCCCUGCGAAAAUGGGUCGAUCCAUUUACAUAUAAACGGAUAAAUCGAUUGCGUCCUAGACCUGGCGACAAUGGAUCGGCAUUUGUUGUUCCAUUUAAAGAAUUGAAACCAUUGAUGAUGGAACUGCAGAAGAAACACAAUUACAAUGUGUUGGCUUCGAACAUGAUUCCGUUGCGUCGAAAUCUACCUGAUCUACGUUAUUCAGAAUGUUUGGAUUUGUCCUAUCCGGAGCGGCUUCCAACGACAAGUGUCGUUAUCAUUUUUUACAAUGAAGCAUUGAAUACUUUGAUGCGUACUGUUUGGAGUGUUAUCGACCGAUCGCCACGGCAAUUACUUGCGGAGAUAAUAUUGGUUGAUGAUUUCAGUACGGAAAGAACGUUGAAAGAACCACUGGACAGCCGUGUCAUACAACUUCCGGUCAAUGUGAAAGUCAUAAGGAAUAAAAAGAGAGAAGGUCUGAUACGCUCCAGGUUGAUUGGCGCCAAAGAAGCUAAAGGAGAAGUGUUAACAUUCUUGGACUCACACAUCGAGUGUACUGAUGGGUGGCUACAUCCGAUUCUCGCUCGAAUCGCUUCUGAUCGUUCAGUAGUGGCAGUUCCAGUCAUCGAUCGAAUAUCAGCAUUAGACAUGUCUUACGGUACUUAUGCCGACUUUUUUGCCAUAAAUGGAUUUCGUUGGCACUUAAUAUUCAGCAAUAUGAGCAUUCCACAAAGAGAACAAAUCCGCACCAAUUACGAUAGAACAGCGCCAUUACGAACGCCAACUCACAUCGGAUGUGCCUUUUCAAUCGAUCGAGAAUUUUUCUAUGAGAUUGGUUCAUUUGACCAUCAAAUGGACAUUUGGGGUUCGGAAAAUUUAGAAAGUGCACUCCGAAUAUGGCAGUGCGGUGGUUCACUGGAACUAAUUCCGUGUUCUCGUAUCGGCCAUUUGUUUCGAAUCUCAAAUUAUGGCUUUGAUGGUGAUGCUUCCACAAUUAAGGCACGGAAUAACGUAAGACUUGUCGAGGUUUGGAUGGACGAAAAAUACAAAAAUCUUUUUUAUGCCGCCAAUCCGAAAUCAAAAGAUGUUUUACCAGGAGAUUUGUCAGAGCGAAUAAAUUUGAGGAAAAAUUUAAAGUGUAAAAGUUUUCGAUGGUACUUGGAAAACAUCUAUCCAGAAAGCAACUUUCUCAAAGAGUAUUCAUUCGUUGGGGAAGUAGUAAGCGUUGCUGAUGAAAGUUGCUUGGACAUAUACAAGGCACGGUUAAACAAUCAACUAGCCACAUUUGGUUGCCAUAAAUUGGGUGGCAAUCAGUUUUUUGCAUAUGCAAAAACUGGUCAAAUUAUCACUGUCGAAGAACUUUGCGUUGGUAUUUCGACCGACAGAAAUGUCGUUGUUCUAGUUGAAUGUUCCGAGCAAGACCCAACACAAAUAUGGACAUAUUAUGAAAACAAUAUGUGGCUUUUACAUAAAGAAACACAGCUUUGUUUGAAAAAUGCCAAGUCAAAGGCGGUAUUAGCAAAUUGUGACCCAAUCGAUAAACAAACAAAGUGGAAAUUGAGCUCAACGAACUGAAUCUAAUGUCGGAUAAUCGACAGAACCAACUGAUCUCAAAUGAAAAUUGAGAUCGAUCGAGUAUUUUGACGAUAAUUCAAUCAAAAAUAUACUUUUUAUUUGAAAAUGUUUCAGAUUA